CUUGAAGACAACCCUGAACAUGUUAUUGCUCAUUAACUUGAAGACAAACCUGAACCUUUUUUGGCUAGUGACAGUCAUUUUACACUGAAAUCCAAUUCCAAACAUCACUAACAUCAAGUGAUUUUUGGACAUCUGGUGUAAUAAUAAAUCAACAACAGAUUUCAUCUGGCACCAUGGACUUUCAGGUCUCUGUAGGAGACCUGAUCUCCUCCUCUUCCUCCCAGUAUGAGGUGCAGGAACUCCUGGGUUGUGGUUCCUUCGGAGCGGUCACCCAGUGCAGGAAGGUAGCUACCAAUGAAAUGGUGGCUUUAAAAAUCCACAAAGACAAGGCACUCAUUGAGGAGGCAAAAGAAGAGGCGGCGAUCCUUCAUAUUCUAAAAGAGCUUGGCUCAGACCAAUUCAACAUUGUCAUAUGGCACAACUCCUUCACCUUUGAGGGACGUUGUUAUCUCGAGUUCGAAAAACUGGACAUAAGCCUGGCAGAAUUUCUGCGGAGGAGCCCUUCCAAGUCUCUUGAGUUGACCAAUGUCCGCCCUGUUGUGCAGCAGCUGGCUACCGCUUUGGACUUUCUGAAGAGCACAGGCAUCGCUCAUUCAGAUCUGAAGCCUGAUAACAUUAUGAUGGUGGACCAUUUACGGCAGCCAUUGCGAGUUAAGGUCAUUGACUUUGGCUUAGCCCUCAACCAUCCAGAAAAAUGGACGGGUGUGACUCUACAGACCCUGUGGUAUAGAUCUCCAGAGAUCCUGCUGGGAGCUCCCUUCAAUGAGGCCAUAGACGUAUGGUCUCUGGGCUGCAUUGCAGCCGAAAUGCUUAUGGGCACUGUACUCUUCCCCGGCUGUGAUAGCUAUGAUAUGGUGAGGCAUAUCUACCUCACUGUUGGAAAGGCACCGGACCAUCUUCUGAAUGCCGGCAUGUACACGAGACAGUACUUUCGCCCAAAUUACCACAUUUUGGAACCCCCUUUUUGGACAUUUAUGUCUUCACUUGAAAAGAAGCACUAUACUUUCACCCCAUGCACAAUUAAAAGCCUGAGUGAUGUCAUGAAGGCGUCCGCCAACCUCUCAGCACAAGAUGCCAGUGCUCGUGAAUGUGACAGGGUGAGCUUUGUUGACCUAUUAACAAAGCUACUGGAUGUGGAUGCUUGGCAAAGAAUCAAACCAAGCCAAAUUCUUCAACAUCCGUUUAUAACCAUGAGCCACCUUGUUGGUAUAAUGGACAACAGCCUCCAUGUGAAAAAGUGUGUGGAGGUGAUGAGCUUGUGUCAGGAUCUGAGCUUGUGUGGUGGCAAGAAUGUGGCGAAGAAGGACAUCUCCGACAGCACUGCCAAGGAGCAACCUUCCCUCCAGAGGGCUGUCAUCAGUGGGGACAGCGCUCCUCCAAAGAAGAGGAAAGGGGAUGGUGAUGAGGACUCAGAGUGUGGCAACAGAAGCCCAGCAAAGAAAAGGAGGAGUAAAGGCUUGGAUGCAGCAGAGAAAGAUGCACAGAUCAGCCCAAAAAAGUCACGUCUGCCUAAAAGGAAGAGGGAUGAAGCGGCUGUAUCCGUGACAUCAGACAUCAGCUUCCCAACAAAAAGGAAUGUAAAACUGGAAAAAGAGCUGAAACUACUGAGCAACACAACAAGGCCCGGUCCAGCUCUAUGCAGAAGAGGAGGGCCGAUGAGGAGGCUUCCAGUUCAGAUAAAGAAAAAACCCUUCCCGCACAAGAGGAGGAGGGGAAGUCUGAAUGGAGGAGAGUGAACCCACCGAUAAGUUCACUUAAGGUCAUGUGUUUUAUUUCAUCUCAUUAUAAAGCACUUUGGUCAACGUCUGUUGCUUAAAUGUG